UCUCGUUAUAGAAAGAAGAAGCAACGGUCGAAAUGAGUCUGAGCUCUUCCGUCAUGCAAAUUCUAUAUCCACCGCCAGAUUCGGCGCUGAUAACGGCUAUGUCGGUGAUGGGAAUAGCUGCGUUUACUAACGUCGCCAUAUCUGAGAUAAAAGGGAAGAAUAUGAAAUAUUCCAAGUUCUGUAGUACUGAUGAAGACGACGAUGAGAAACAUAAAAAGAAAAGAAAAUUAGUAAUUCCUUCCAAAAGAGGCAUGCUACUUUGUUAUGCUCCUGCUUUUGUUGCCGCUGCCGGAGCUGCUUCUUUAACCAUUUUUUCCGGCGAUGGAUUAAGGUUCUUUAUUGUCACUUCUGCUUUGACCAUCCAUUACUUAAAGAGACUACUUGAGGUAUUGUUCAUUCAUAGGUAUAGUGGAGGGAUGACUAUUGAUGCUUCAAUAACGAUCUCAAUCAGCUACUUCAUCUACACGGCAACAAUGAUUUAUUCACAAUAUCUAUGUAUAGGACAUCAAGAGCCAUCGAUAAAUCUAACGUAUAUGGGGGUGGCGUUGUUUGUGGUUGGUCUAUUGGGCAACUUGUACCACCACAUUAUACUUUCAACGUUGAGGAAGGAAGGUGAAAAGGUGUACAAAAUUCCUGAAGGGGGUCUAUUUGGUGUGGUUGUGUGCCCACAUUAUCUCUUUGAGAUCUUAGGGUUUUGGGGUUUAUCAUGCAUGUCCCAAACAAUUUAUGGAUUAUUGUCUACUUUGGGCACAACUAUACUAUUGAUAGGGAGGAGCUAUGCAACUAGGAAGUGGUACAUUUCAAAGUUUGAAGACUUUCCCAAGAAUUCCAAGGCUCUUAUUCCAUUUCUAUUUUAGGACUUAGAAGAGUAUUAUUGUGUUCAAUGAUUUUCUAUACUUUCCCUUGAGUUAUAAUUUAAUAUUGUGAAAUUGUUUAGGGUUGAUUUAUAAUCCAUUAUUAACUU